CUCAACAAAAUCUCAAUAUUAUAAUUUCGAUACUUUUUCUUAAUGAAAAAGAGAUACUAUACCAGAAGAAAAACCAAGAUUUUUGUGGGAAAAUUUUCCUCUUUUCUGUAACCAAAAAAAAGAACAUCAGCUAUAGGGGCUCAUGGUUUUCUUAAAUGUUGUAUAAAAAGUGAAAAAAAUAGUACAAUUCAAGGUGUUGUGGGCUUUUUAUGUUUGAAAAUGGGCACAAAAAUUGUGUAGAAGACGUAUGCACCACAUAAAAAAUGAUGUGUGGAAGACCUAUCAGCAUCAAGAGGCCCAAGUCGUAGCCCCGUUAGUUACAGAUGACAAAAGUGGAAUUAGGUGGAAUGGAAGCCGUCCAACACUCCCAACUCCUGUCCGAAUGUGGUACAAAAGCUUUGAAAGUUGAAAUUUUUCUUUGCGGCAAUAAAGCAAGCACAUAAUAGCCAAAGAGCCAUAGCCCACCAGGUCCACUACGUUCUUCAAAGUGCAAACUCCCAACCCAAGCAGGCACUUAACAGAGGCAGUCCCGUGAGUCACCAGUGUCUGCUUUCUACUUUCCACUUCCUACUUCCUACCAUCUCUCCCUUUCUCUUUCUCUUUUUAGUUUGCUUUCUAGUUUUUCAUCUCUGGGUGAGCAGGCUUGUGAUAAAAAUUUACUGCUUUGAAGCUCUCCUCAACAUGCAAAGCAUCAGAAGUGCCAUCUUGAGGCAUGUGAGCAUGAGGGAGUCAACUGGAGAAUGGAGCUUUUUCACUUGCGGAGGAAACAUGUUCAAGCUACUCAGACACCAGAUAUGUACAUCAACAGGUGCUAGCAAUGCUCAAAUAAUGGAUCGAGUGAUUGGAUUGGUUAAGAAGUACGAUAAAAUCGAUGCCAGUAAGGUAACUGAAACAGCUGAUUUUCAAAAAGAUUUGUGCCUGGAUAGCUUAGAUAGGGUUGAGCUUGUUAUGGCAUUCGAGGAAGAAUUCUCCUUUGAAAUCCCAGAUGAGAAAGCAGAUAAGCUUACUUGCUGUGCUGAUGUUGCAAAAUACAUAGUUUCUAGAUCAGGGUCAGACAUUACAAAGUCCUGACUGUUUUGGAUGCUUUCAGGUCCCUCUUGAAGAAUGUAUUUGUCAUUAUGAAGUAUGUGUGUGAAUUUGUGUGUCAGUUGACCUUGAGGUUGCUUUAUGGUUGCCAAAUAUGUAAAGGGAUACUCCUUGAGCAUCGCGUUUGUGCCAUGUUUUGAUUGUUUCAUUUCAACCUUGAAAUAACUCGUUUAAUACAUGUAAGUUUAUUUGAUUCUGACAACUCAAAAGCUCGAUAUAGGACAAAAUAUUGUUAUGUA